AUGGCCAAGAAGGAUAAAUCAGUUAAGGUAGAGGAAGCUACCGAAGACAAUUAUGAAAAGAGAAUGUCUGCAGUCUUACCAUUUGCUAAACCAUUAGCUUCUAAGAAAUUAAAUAAGAAAAUCUUGAAAACCGUAAAGAAAGCUUCUAAGGCCAAGCAUGUCAAGAGGGGUGUCAAGGAAGUUGUUAAGGCUUUAAGAAAAGGUGAAAAGGGUUUAGUUGUCAUUGCUGGUGAUAUCUCCCCAGCUGAUGUUAUUUCUCAUAUCCCAGUUUUAUGUGAAGAUACUUCAGUUUCAUAUGUUUUCAUACCUUCAAAAGAAGAUUUAGGUUCUGCUGGUGCUACCAAGAGACCAACCUCAUGUGUCAUGAUUGUUCCAGGUGGUGGUAAAUCUAAGAAGAAUGCCGAUAAGACUGAUGAAUAUAGAGAAGCUUAUGAUGAUAUUGUGAAAGAAAUUGCUUCAAGUGAUUAG